AUGCUGCCUCGUAGAGCUUCAGUACUUCGGGGAAAUAGUGGUGACGGUGACUCCUUCGUCACACAUCGGUUCCAUGUUCCAAAAUUAAGUCGAUUGCGAGCAAAUUAUGGCGGUGGCAAGUUUGCACCUCUGACGCGACAGCUUGUUUCCACCCAAAGCAAAUGUAUUCUCCCUCAUGGUUCAAUGAAUACACCAUCAUCCGCCUACACUCGAAUCAUGUCUCAACAGAGUGGUCCACGUUCAAGACUUGUUGCUGAAGUGGCGCCCUCUAGAGCAUCUUGCUCCAGUACUACUGUUCGAAUUCCAGUACUGAAAACUCAGCCGAGUGGGCGAUAUUUGCUUCGGAUUCCGAAAAGCGAAUCAGAUCCAGAAGAUGUAGAACGCCUUCAUAACGACAAUCAAAAUAUCUAUUCUUUACCUCAUCGGAAGCAAGUUAUGAUUCCUACUGUACCUCCAAGUAUGUCAAUGGGAGGAGAAUUUCCUGAAGAUCAGUAUGAGCUUGUUUACGAAAGCAACUGCGCUUCACCACUGGAUUGUGUUCCAGAAUGUGACAAUGGGUAUUGUCGUGCUGACGAGAAAAAACGAUUUUUGGGGCUAACCGCGGACCAAAAGCGACCUUGUGCUUGCCCAGAGACGCAGGUGGAUUCAGGGGAUGGACUCCCUGCUUCUGCUGUGCCAGGACUGACUCGUAAAAUCAUUGUAUCCCGCACGUCGGUCCGGCCAAAAGCCUGCAAUCAAUUGACUGGGAGGUGCAAGGGAGGCGGUUUGGAGUCGCCUCCAACAAAUAAGCUCCACAUGUCCACUCUGGGAGAACGGAAGUUCUCCCAAAAACCCAUGGGACUAGAGGCUUGCAACCUGCCCGUGGGUUUUAAAUUUCAUGCAAAAAACAGUAAUAGAAAAGAGUCUCCUGACUCCGGUAGAAAGCCUGGUACGGUAGCGCCAGGUAGGACGGGGUUGCAGGAGUCAUGUAGGCUACCGAAACGGAAAAGGACUAGGAUGACGAUCUGUACUUAUAACGCACGCACUCUUGCAUCGGAAGCGGCCAUCGAAGAUCUGAUGGUGCAAGCCAAGAAGAUCAAGUACGACGUCAUCGGACUGACCGAGACGAGACGACGUCACUCUCUCAACGCUGUAUUUGAAACUGGAGAAGAACUGUUCUUAGGAACAUGCGACAGUAGAGGUGUUGGUGGAGUUGGCGUCCUCGUCAACACGAGUAUGGCACAGAACAUCGACUCUUUCGAACAACUCACGACCCGAAUCGGACGUCUGCGGAUGAGAAGAUGUGGUCCCACACCGGCUUUGACUAUCUUCGUCGCUUACGCUCCAACAUCAAGCUACGAAGAAGAAGAAGUCGAAGCUUUCUAUAUGGACCUGGAGAAGUUCUACCGAGAAGAUCAUGCCUUUUACAAGGUCAUAAUUGGCGACUUCAACGCCAAAGUUGGCCCAAGAAGAACGCCGGAGGAACUUCACAUCGGGACCCACGGCCUACAAUGGAAUGACCAGGGGGAGAGGCUUUCCGAGUUCAUCAUGACGACUAAGACCAUCCAUGGGAACUCGCAAUUCCAGAAGCCCUCCUCUCUACGCUGGACGUGGGAGUCACCCGGUGGAGGGUACCGUAAUGAGAUAGACCACAUCAUCGUCAAUAAAAGGUUCUGCCUGACGGAUGUCGCUGUUGUACCAAAGUUCUAUACGGGAUCGGACCAUCGCCUCCUCCGAGGAAGAUUUUCUUUCACGCGGAGAGCAGAGAAAGCCGCCAAGUUCAGCAAGAGAAAUCCCAGAACUACCAUCAACUGGGAUCUCUUCGCUACGUUAGCCGGCUUUUGGGAAGAUUCCGCAAUGGACAACAUCGACGAGGAAUACGACCGGCUUGUCAAACACCUUCAUGACUGCGCGAAGAAGGCUGAGAGUAUUAAAACAACCAAGAGACGCCUGUCUCUUGAAACUCUUGAGCUGAUACGCCAGCGUGGAGCAGCACGAGCCGCAGGGAACCAAGAGCUUACGUCCGAGCUCGCAAGGCUUUGCAGAGAGGCGAUAAAGAAAGACUUUAAAGGAGAGCAGAAGUGCUGGCUGAAGCAGCAGAGGCGGGAAAAAGCAUCCGCUAUGCCCGCCGAGACUUCGCCAGUCGCAAGACAAGGAUGA